UGUAACACAUGUCAUGUCAAACUUUGCAAACCGUGCAUGUCAAUCCAUGUACACCAGGGCCAUACGUCUCUGGUACAGUCUGGAUGCCAAGAUUCUCAGCGGCCCUUUACAACGUGUAAGACACACGAGGGUAACACAUGUGCUAUUCAAUGUGUACAAUGUGAGACUCCAGUUUGUAAUAAAUGCAUAAUUUCUGGGCGUCACAAGAAUCAUGAUUUUAUUGAACUGUCUGACCACAGUGAAGAUGUGAAAGAUAGCGAUGUUGUUGAGAUUGAAGAUACGAGUAGUACAGUAACUGAGAAUGGUGACCCUGUUCUUCUGUUAGAGGUAGAUACAAAUAACUCGGAUUUAGACCGCAUUGAAAUUUGUCAGCCAGAUAAAAUAUGGAUUUCUGUCCUGUAUGAAAGCACCAUUUCGUGCAUGGUCUUUUCUGGUGCUGUGAAAGACAGUGUAAACGUCACUUCCGGUGAAUAUCCAUCCGAUAUAGCUGCAAAUGGCGAAAAAGAUCUCUAUGUGUGUGAUUGGAAAGACAAAACAGUUAGCAAGUACAAUAUGGAUGAUAAAACAUUAGACAUUGUCAUCAGAUUGCAGGAAUGGAUACCACGUGCCAUUUGUGGGAAGGAUUCGGGAGAUUUAUUGGUAUGCAUGACUAACAGUCAUCUUAACCAAUGCAAAGUGAUCCAGUACGAUGUCAGGUCUAUAAAAAAAGAGAUUCAGUAUGAUGAACAAGGAGAAGACUUGUUUUCUUUCCAGGGCGGGUAUAUCUUCAUGACGGAAAAUGGAAAUGGGGAUAUUUGUGUAUCACUGACGGCACACAGGUCGUUGGUGGUGGUGAACCGUGCCGGGGAGUUCCGAUUUAGUUACCGUGGAACCCACGACACCCGGAAAGAUGGGGAGUUUUCACCACAGGGUGUAGCAACAGACCAACUUUGUCAAAUUUUGAUAGCAGACUCAGAGAUUCACUGCAUUCAUAUUGUUGACAUAGAUGGACAUUUUGUCACAUAUAUUGAUAACAUCUCCCUCAUGGAUCCAAGAGAUAUCGCAGUGAAUUCCUUAAACGGCAAUUUGUACGUGUGCGAAUUCAGUACUGGUAAAAUCAAGAUAAUUAAAUAUUUGACAUAGAGG